GAACGUCAACAAAUCGUUGAUUUAUUGAAAAGAACAAGAAAUCCAAAACAAACUCUUAGAGAAAUAUCAGAAAUCUAUAAACAUUCAAAGCAAUGAUACGUUUGAAUCGUUGGUUGAAUUUCAUCGAUUACAAUCGUAAUGUUUCAUAUUUCACUUCAUUAAGCAAUCAUGUUAAUAAUUUAGCUCAACAUGCAAAGACUGUAAAACAGAAUAAAAAUCGCAAAGGACUUUUUGGUCAUCAAGUUUUGGCCGAUUCUAAUGGAUUCUAUAUUUUUCGCCAAAAUGCAAUAACACGAGCCGAAUAUUUAGUGAAUGAAGCCAUAUCAGAUAAACGAAAUCGAAAAAUUGUACAAAUAUUUGAUGAAUUAUCUAAUUCACUUUGUAAAGUUGCUGAUCUUGCCGAAUUCAUUCGAAUCGCACAUCCGGACCGAAAUUAUACCAAUGCAGCUGAACAAGCAAGCAUCGCAAUCAAUGCUGAAGUUGAGAGAUUGAAUACCAAUCGUGUACUGUAUGAUUCAUUAUUAAAAGUCGUUCAAAAUAAUGAUAUCGUACCGACAACUCCUACCGAUGAUUAUGUGACUAAACUUUUUCUUUUCGAUUUCGAACAAUGUGGAAUACAUUUGGAUGAUAAAGUCCGUAAUGAAAUUGUCCGUUUAAAUGAACAUAUUCUUCAUGUUGGAACCUAUUUCAUGUACGGUACAACCAAACCACGAAUCGUUUUGAAAAAAGAAAUUCCCGAACAUCUGUGGAAAUAUUUUUCGAUCGAUAACGAUAAGUUAGUCAUUUCUGGUUUGCAAAAUGAAUCGAAUGAUUCUCAACUUCGUGAAAUUUCGUUCAACCAAUUUCUUCAAUAUGAUGAUCAUCAAGAACAACUGUUAUUGGAAUUGAUUUAUUCUCGACUUAAAUUGGCUAAGAUUUGUGGAUUCAAUUCAUUUGCUCAUAGAGCUAUCAAUGGUAGCAUUGCAGGAAGCCCAGAGUUAGUCUGGAAUUUAAUCGAUACUGUGAAUAACUUGAUACGUCACAAAUCGGAAAAAGAUUUUAAUUAUAUGCUCAAAUUAAAAUCAGAAGAAACUGGUAAUUUAUCAGCUCAGUUGAUGCAAUGGGAUGUGCCUUAUUAUACUCAGAGUCAUAAAAUUAAAAAGUUUGGUCAUGAUAUUACUCAAUCUAGUCCUUAUUUUUCAAUUGGUAGUUGCAUGGAAGGAUUGAAUUUGAUUUUUCAAUCUAUAUUCAAUGUAGAAUUGAAAAUUGAUGAUACCACUCAAGAAGAUCUAUGGCAUCCAUCGGUGAUGAAAUUGUCAGUCAACGAUCAAAAAACUAACAAAAUUUUGGGUUAUAUUUAUUGUGAUUUUUUCGUACGCUCUAAUAAACCAUAUAACGAUUGUCAUUUUACUAUUCAAGGUGGAUGUGAUCUACCAAAUGGAGAAUAUCAAUUGCCGAUAGUCGUUGUAUUUCUAAAUUUUCCCAACGCUACAUCAUAUUCGCCUACAUUAUUGACACCAUCGAUGGUCGAUAAUUUGUUUCAUGAAAUGGGUCAUGCCAUGCAUUCAAUGUUGGCCAGGACUCCUUAUCAACAUAUAACCGGAACAAGAUGUUCAACAGAUUUGGCUGAAGUACCUUCUAUAUUGAUGGAACAUUUUGCUAAUGAUCCACGUGUUGUAUCGAAAUUUGCCAAACAUUACCAAACCGGAAAGCCUAUUCCAGAAAAUCUUUUACAUAGCUGGGUUACAUCCAAACAUUUGUUCAAUUCCAGUGAUUUACAAUUACAAAUUUUCUAUUCGGCCCUAGAUCAAUUUUAUCAUAGUGAAAAUCCAAUGAAAGGCUGUAAUAACACAACCGAUAUUCUAAAUAUGAUUCAGAAUCAAUAUUAUGGUAUACCUAACUCAUCGAACACGUCAUGGCAAUUACGAUUUGGUCAUUUGGUUGGUUAUGGAGCGAAAUAUUAUUCUUAUCUUGUGUCAAAAGCUGUCGCCAAUUCUAUUUGGAACAAAUUGUUCAUAAACGAUCCAUUCUCUUCCGCUGCUGGUCAAACUUAUCAUGAUAAAGUCCUAGCACAUGGUGGUGGUAAACCUCCAAAAGAGAUUGUGGAAUCAAUUUUAGAUGAAACGAUAACUGCAAAUUUCUUAGCUAAAUCAUUGGUUGAUAACAUUGAAUCCAAUAAAUGAUGAUAAUAAAAAACGAUUAUUUCUUUUAAAA